ACGGUUUUCCGGCCCACCUCUCCCUGAAAGUAAAUGGAAAAACACAGUCCCUUUUUAUUGGCCAGAGACAAAUGCGCAACUUGGAUGAAUGCAUUUAUCAUGGUCGCCAAUCUCCAACGCGUAAAAGGAGUUAUUUUCUCAAUCUCUUUGUGUUUUAUUGCCACUGUAGUGGUCGCGCAGUAUGACAACUACAACUUUAGACAUUUCCCACAAGAGGAGCUCAUGCCAAUCGAGUCUGCGUAUGCACAAGGCUUGGACAAUUAUGCCUCAGAAAAUUGGACGGACUGUAUCAAAUUCAUUGAAUUAAGUUUACGCCUGCAUCGACUUCUGAAAGACAGCGUGACAUACUGCAUACGAAACUGUAAUGCCAGUCAUGUACAGCUACAGGAGCCUGUCAUGGCAAGCAGCACCGGGGAUAUGCAGAUCUUCUGGCGCAUUUUGAUGCGAGCAUCAUGUCUGAAAAAGUGCAGGAUGCACUUCCCUGCGCUCUCGCUCCCUUACCCUAGAAAAGAGGUCAUGGAUGAUUUCGAUAAUAGGUCGCCCUACCGUUACAUGUACUUUGCUUAUGUCCAGACGGAUGACCUCCAGAAGGCGUUGGCGUCAGCCCACACCUAUCUACAGAGAAACCCAGAGGACCCGGUCAUGACACGGCACAUGAACCAAUACAAAAGAGAGUUUGACUUGGAGGGUGCUCUCAUUGACCACGAAGAACGCCCCUAUGAGGUUAGCUUCCUGAAAGCGGUCACCUUGUUCAACUCUGAGGACUUCAGCAGCAGUAUAAGUCACAUGGAGCAGGCCCUCAGCCAGUACCUCCAGCAGUACAGCCUGUGUCAGGCCAUGUGCCACGGGGCCUGCGACGCCGACCUCCCCCAAAUUAAAGACCUGUACCCCACACUGGCAGAUGCCUAUGUUGACGCACUGAGAUGCGAGGAGAAGUGUGAGGAAAACCUGAUGCCAAAUGUUGGCGGCUACUUUGUGGAGAAAUUCAUCGCCACUAUGUAUCACUACCUGCAAUUUGCUUAUUAUAAGUUAAACGAUGCCCGCAGUGCGGCCCCCUGUGCGUCCAGCUACGUGCUCUUUGACCCCGAGGACAAGGUCAUGAGGCAGAAUAUGUUAUACUACCAGUCUUACAGAGAGCAGUGGGGCCUGGAUGACCACAGCUUCACACCCAGAGUGGAAGCAUUGAGGUACUACAACCAUACCACCUUGCUGAAACAGAUGCUGGCAUUUGCAGAGAACUACUUGCAGUCUGAUGAGGACUUUUUGGGUCCAGAAGAAGCUGCCAUGGAGGAGGACUCUGAUGUCGAGUUUGAAGGGAUUGGAGACUAUCAGGAAUCAAUCCUGGCUAGAUGGUCACAACCCAAAGCUAAAGGGGAUGUUGGUGAUUCCUAAGGGUUUGUUCUUGACUAAUGAUGAAUAAAAACAGAAAGACAAUGCGUUUUCACACUUCCAUUUUAUUUCUCUUCACUCUCUUCCCUAAUUUCUCAUCAUUAAAAUGUUAUCACCUGUUCCUAUUAGGUCUUAAAAAACAUAUGAAGUCAAUAAUCGAUAUCUGUUCCGGAAUUGUAAUUCAAAUAUACAGUUGCAGGGAGGUCAAAAUAAAUACAUAAAAGCUCCAGAAUUUGCACACAUCACACAUUGAAAAAAGGAUAA